CUUUUUCCCAUUACGAACGAUUGCCUAACAACUGGAUACAAUCCAGAUUCAACAAAACUUCAUAGAACACAAAACAACUGUCGCCAGCAUGGACGCGCAAAUCGCCGAAUGGCAAAAGCGCUCCGAGGACCUCAAGCCCCUCAACCUCAAGCAAAUCGAACCUCACCUAUUGGAACUUGAUGCACACCUCACUCUCCGCUCCCACAUCGUCGGCUACACAAUCUCCGACGCCGAUACGAUAGUAUGGAAGACCAUCCGCGAGAACCGCGUUGCGCACGCAUUCAUCAAGCAGGACUUGAUGAAGAACCUGUGCCGCUGGUUUAGGUACAUCGAGGAGGCAUACCCCCAGAGCGUGGUCAUUGUCGGAGGACAAGGCAAGAAGGAGGAGGGUGCCAAGGGCAAGGGCAAGAAGGAGGGAGGCAAGAACGAUGAUGCGAACUAUGACAUUGGCCUGCAGGAUGUAGGCGAUGGCACUGGCAUCGUCACUAGGUUCCCACCUGAGCCUUCAGGUUACCUUCACAUCGGUCACGCCAAAGCAGCGCUGCUCAACGACUACUUCGCGCACGAGAAGUACAAGGGCAAGCUCCUGUUGCGAUUUGACGACACCAACCCUACCAAGGAGAAGCAAGAGUUCCAGGAUGCCAUCGUCGAAGACUGCGCGCUUCUCGGUAUCAAGCCAGACCAGGUCUCCUACACCAGUGAUUGGUUCGACCAGCUCUACGAGAGCUGUGUGCAGGCCAUCAAGGAUGGAUUGGCAUACGCAGAUGACACAGUGCAAGAGAAGAUGCGUGAGGAGCGUAUGAACGGCAUUGCUAGUGCUCGCAGGGACUCAAGCGUCGAAGACAACCUUGCGCACUUCGAGGAGAUGAAGAAGGGAAACGAGGAGGGCUUAAAGUGGUGCAUUCGCGCGAAGAUGUCCGUCGAUGACCCCAACAAGGCCAUGCGCGAUCCUGUCAUCUACCGCUGCAACCCCCAGGCGCAUCACCGCACUGGCGAGAAGUGGAAGAUCUACCCUACCUACGACUUCUGCUGCCCCAUCGUCGACUCGCUCGAGGGCGUUACCCACGCGCUACGCACAACCGAGUACAACGACCGUGACGCACAGUACCAAUGGUUCAUCAAGAACCUCAAGCUCCGCAAGGUCCACAACUGGGGUUUCGCGCGCCUGAACUUUGUCCGCACUGUAUUGUCCAAGCGCAAGCUCACUAAGAUCGUCGAUGCUGGUAUUGUAUCGGGCUGGGACGACCCGCGCAUGCCUACCGUCCGCGGUGUCCGUCGCCACGGUGCCGUCAUCCCCGCUCUCCGCGAGUUCAUCCUCAAGCAAGGCCCUUCCAAGAACAUUGUCAACCAGGACUGGUUCGCCUUCUGGGCCACGAACAAGAAGCACAUUGAGCCAACUGCUGCUCGUUACACCGCUAUCGAUGACUCCGGCCGCGUUCCCGUCACCAUCAUCGGCGCGCGUGAGGGCGUCAUCUCCGAGGACAAACCGAAACACGCCAAGUACGAUCUCGGCAACAAGAAGAUCGUCUUCAGCAAGUCUGUCAUCAUGGAGCAAGCAGACGCACAAUCGUUCGCUCAAGACGAGGAGAUCACCCUCAUGAACUGGGGUAACGCCAUCGUGCGCAAGAUCAGCCACUCGAUCAACCCCCUCGAGAUGGCUAAGCACGGCCUCAAGACCGUCACAGGCCUUGAGCUUGAGCUACAUCUCCAAGGAGACGUCAAGAAGACAUCCAAGAAGGUCACUUGGUUGAGCAAUGACCAGGAGCUUGUUCCCAUUGAGCUUGUUGACUACGACUACCUCAUCACCAAGGACAAGCUAGAGCCUGAGGACACGCUCGAGGACUUCCUCAACCCGAAGACUGAGUCUAGGACCAAGGCCAUGGCUGACUGCAACGUCGCGGACCUUAAGGUCGACGAUAUCGUACAGUUUGACCGCAAGGGCUUCUUCCGUAUCGAUCGCGCUUUUGCGCACGGCGAACCUGUUGUCGCGUUCCAGAUCCCUACCGGUAAGAGCAAAUAGAUAUUGUUCUUCGGGAUUACCUGCUGUGACUGAAUUUCAGAGCAAUGUAGUACUGAUUAUGUAGAGAACUAUGCUCUAUUGGAACCUGAAUAAACUGAUGCUCCUG